AGCUUUGCAAAUGAUAGAACAGCCAAGUCCCCUCCUGAGCUCUCUCCCGGCUGCUGAGGGUGUGUAGAGCUGGGCGUGUCCCGGGAGCCAGUGGCCGAGUAUGCAGCCGCCCGCACCGACACACACAGGGCUGGGAGGAGGGGGACAGCGCAGCAGCACGGGCAUCCGGGGAGUGGGGGCACACAGACCGGCGCUCAGAACCAGGUGCAGGCUCUCCCUAUCGCUGACAUUAUGGGGCUGGAAAAGGAGAAAGCCGACGCUCGCAUCUUCAUGGAUGAGGACGAGUUCAAUCGCUCUACUGUCCCAAUGCUGACCGAGAAAGCCUAUGACAGCCAACCGGACCGGGACCCCCACAAUCUGAACGGGCACCUGAAGCUCACCUUUGAGGAUGUGAUUGCGGAGCCGGACACCACGCACAGCUUCGAUAACGUGUGGAUCUGCAGCACUGCCCUGUAUGAGAUCAGCAAGUACCUGGUCUACAAGCUGCUGACGGUCAUCCUCGCCAUCCCUCUGGCCUUUGUACUAGGACUGCUCUUCGCCAUCCUCAGCUGCCUGCACAUCUGGAUUGUAAUGCCAUUUGUGAGGACCUGUCUAAUGGUGUUACCAUCUGUGCAAGCCGUAUGGAAGGGCAUUACAGACAGUCUCAUAGCCCCUUUAUUUGCAAGUAUGGGGCGGUGCUUUUCCUCUGUCAGUGUGCAAGUAGACCAGAAUUAGCACUCUUAUGCAGUUCUGAUGAUAUUGAGGAUCUGCCAGGACCCGUGGUGAUGAAUACUGCUUCGUCCUUCACUACUCUGCUGAAUGUGUGCUGAUGAUGAAAUAUGUCCUUCACACUCCCAUGUGUACAUUCCGGAUCUCCUCUAGCUCCUACUACAACUACACUUAUUUGUGUAGUCCUGUACUAGACAAGUACUAGUUACUGUAUUAUGGAUAAAGCAUUUUUUAGACUUAACCUAUUUAUUUCUGAACACAGUUUAGGCACAUCUACAUAAUGAACACAGGGUGCAAUAUGAAAUUGUCAUUUGACUACACCGGACUCCCACCCUGUCACUGGGGGUGUGCAGGCAUUGGACAAUUACAUCAGUGCUAAUUGCUCAAUUAAAUAUUGUUAUGUUUUAUGGAUUUCCUAGAUCAGGUUAAUUAAGUUAAUUGGUUCAUUUGGUCUUACAUGCUGUCGUUUAGGAAAAUCCACAAAAUAUGACCUGUUUGAGAUGGUUGAAAAAAGUAAAAUAAUGACUUCAUGCAAAUCGGUGCUAUUGCUUUCUGCAUUUGGCACUAAGAAAGAAGCAAUAACUGUCUGUUAAGGGGCCUACACACUGGGCGAUAUCUUGAAAGAUAUGAACGAUAUCGUUCAUAUCUUUCAGUGAAGAUGCAUGAACGAUGCGCGUGCCUGCAGCCGUUCAUUAUUGAACGAUCAUCGUUGAUACAUGCCAGUCAAUUUGGACGAUAUAGAUGUAUGCACGCUUAUAUCGUUCACAUUGACCAUCGAUAUCGUCCAGUGUAUAGUAAAAAUCAACCAACGAUAAUAACGUUGGUCAAUAAUAUCGAUGGUCAAAAAACAUCGCCCAGUGUGUAGGCCCUUUAAGGGAAAGAACAGUGAUCCUACAGAAGGUAUGUCCAGUAUUUCAUAUAUCAGAGCAGGGUAGUGGUCACAAGUGGAAACUAGCAGCACACUAAUGUAGUUUUCACUGGAUGUGCAUAAAUAUGGAAAUCCUAUCUGACGAUAUUUAGUACCUCAGGAUAGGGACACAUUCAAACUUUUUACCAUUUAUAUUGCAUUGCUGUAUAAAGUUUUUCAAGAACACAGAGGCCGCAAAACCUGUAUGGGGUAUUACUCUGCUGUUUUCUAUUAUUCCAGCUUUAUAUGACAGAAUUACUCAUUCCUUUAUGCAUUGCAUAUUAUUUUACAAAAAAAAAAGCCCGGUUUCUUUGUACAUUAACUGAAAAGCACUGAAAUAUUAUACUUGUACAAUUUAAAUAAAUAUAUAUAGAAAGAUUUGUUUAUAACCAAGUUAAAUCAAUAUGUAUCUUAAACUUCAA